UUCUGCAGUGGGCUGACACGUGAGGCGCACAGGAAGGAGGUGGAGCAGGUAUACCUGCGCUGUGCGACAGGCACCGUGGAAUGGAUGUACCCAACGGGGGCGCUCAUCGUCAACCUUCGACCUAACACCUUCUCACCUGCCCGCCACCUGACUGUGUGCAUCAAGCCCUUUAGGGACUCUGUGGGGGCCAAUAUUUAUUUGCAGAAAACUGGAGAACUGAGACUACUGGUGCGGGAUGGGGACGGCAGGCCCGGCCAGGUGCAGUGCUUUGGUCUGGAACAGGGUGGCCUGUUUGUAGAGGCCACACCGCAGCGGGACAUCGGCAGGAGGACCACGGGCUUCCAGUAUGAGCUGAUGAAGCGGCAUAGGGCAUCGGACCUGCAUGCAUUGUCUGCCCCAUGCCGCCCCUGCAGUGACACCGAGGUCCUCUUAGCUGUCUGCACCAGCGACUUUGUGGUCCGAGGCUCCAUCCAGAAUGUCACCCACGAGCCAGAGCGGCAGGAGUCAGCCAUCCACCUGCAUGUUAGCAGACUGUACCGGCAGAAAAGCAGGGUCUUCCAGCCAGUGCCUGAGGGUGGCGGCCACUGGCAGGGUCAUGUCACAACGCUGCUGGAGUGUGGUGUGCGGCCAGGGCAUGGCGAUUUCCUCUUCACUGGCCACAUGCACUUUGGGGAGGCACAGCUUGGCUGUGCCCCACGCUUCAAGGACUUCCAAAGGAUGUACAGGGAUGCCGAGGAGAGGGGGCUGAACCCCUGUGAGAUUGGCAUGGAGUGACUGCAAGGGCUGCAGGGAACCACCCUCUCUCUCUUGAUGAACCAUGUGGCUGCAAUGGAAGUUGAGCCCUUGUGGGACCGCAAGCUGGGAACCCCACACUUGGGGUGUAGGCCUGGCCCUGGGCUCGGCAGUGGAGGCUCACAUCAUGUGCAACUCCACAAGCUCCCUACCAAGGAUGCCUUGGCCAAUUGGAAAUGCUGUAAAAUGCAAACUAAGUUAUUAUAUAUAUUUUUUUGUAAAAAAGAAAUGUCCAUAGGAAACAAACUCUGAUGUCUUAAAAUGCCUUAAUGUGCCAUUUAAUGUUGCUCUUUAAAACCGUUUUAAAUCACUGCAUUUGGCCUGGUGUGUGAGGUGAGUGCUGGGCUAUCACGCACAGUGGACGGGCCGUGAGGCCUCAGUACCCUUCAGGGUUGUUAUUCUUAGGAUGGAAAUUUAUGGAGCCAAAUA